AUGAUAGAAAUUAAUAAAAAUGAGGACCUUCUUUCCGAAAAAAAUAAAUUAUAUGAAGAAUUGGAGAAAUCAAACAGUGAAAAAGAAAAAUACAAAAAGGAGAGUAAAUUAUAUUUGGAAGAAGUAGUUGAAGUUGAAACUGAUUAUUCAAAAUUAUUGAAUGAAUUAAAUAAAUUGAAAGAAGAAUACCAAAAUUCGAACAAAAAAUUGGAAAAAAUAAAUAAAGAAAAUUUAAAAUUGAGAGAAGAAAAAAAUUUCAAUUUGAAGGAAUUGGAGAAUUACAGAAAUGCUUGUCAGUUACCGACAGACGAGAAAACUGCUUUGCUUCGACAAAAUAAUCAGUUGUCUAUUGAAUUACAACGGGCAAAUUCUGAAUUGACAAAGUGUAGAAAUGAGCUCGCUUUGAAUUUGAAACUUGUUCGUUAUGUAUCCAUUGAGAACAGAAUUAACGAGAUUAGCAAUUACUUUACAUGUUGUGGAAAUAAAUGUAUUAAUUCAAAUUUAUCUGAAGGAACUUGUAAUUCCGGGCAUAGCUUUAUUCGUGUUCAGGAUGAUGGAAUAGUGAACUAUCAUUCGGUGGACGAUACAAUUAACAAUGAAAUUGGUUUUUAUGCAGAAAAUUCAUUUACAAAAGCGGCAGGGUUUUGUUGUCAUUAUUCUCUAUUUUAUUUUGAAAUUACAAUGUUGGAAGACGUGAAAGACAAAUUGUAGGGGUUUUAAAUUGCCAAAAAAAUGUUAAAGUUUUGUAGGGAGAAGGGAGAUACUGCUGGAGGCGGGAUGUCAUAUAUAGGGUAAUAAAAGGUGCCGAGUCAAACGUACCUUUCUUCCCGGAGGUGCAUGUGGACCCGAGAUAUAUGGCUUGA